AUGGACUCCGCGCAUACGAUCCCUGAUGGGCUAUGGCAACGCCUGGACUAUGUCGCAGAGAGACCACUACUCUUCUGGAUGGCAUUGGCCGUAGUUGGUCUCGUUGUUGCUGUAUUUGUGGUAUUUCCAUCUUAGAUCUCCAAAUGCAUGUGAGAUCACGCAAGGAGACUGCAGCUGACAUUCCAUUUCGUUAGCUAUAUGCGCUCCUCUACCUCCUCGCUCCAACCCCGCGACAGCCCAGAACAUCCGAGAAGCAGUACAUAACGGUGACUGCUGAGGGACAGGUUUCAGAUCGUCAACCUUUGCCAUGUUGGUACGACAAUCAUAUCGCUCUCCAAAAGAUGGCGAAGCAGAAGCUCAUCUCGGGGGAAGAAAGCCACCAGAUCACGGAUGCGGAGGUGUUCAUGACACUCGUGAUCCCAGCAUACAAUGAACAGGACCGAUUGAAUGGGAUGUUGGAAGAGGCAGUGGAAUACCUAGAGGAACAAUACGGACACCAUGGAACUGCGAGCAAAAGCAGUAGCGAUGGAAAGUUACAGGCUAGUGGGAAAGAGGGUGACCCUCAUAGGGGAUGGGAGAUAAUUCUUGUGAGCGAUGGCUCCACGGACAAGACGGUUAAAGUGGCUCUGAACUUUGCGCGCACGCAUCAGCUUAACAAGCCGGCGCCCACGUGCAAAGGUCCCUGGGGCGAGUCCCAAAAGCCAACCAACAUAUUGCCAGGCACAAUCAGGGUGGUGCAACUGGAGGAGAAUAGAGGAAAGGGUGGUGCGGUGACGCACGGUAUGAGACACGCAAGAGGGAAUUACGUUGUUUUUGCCGAUGCAGACGGAGCAAGCAAAUUCAGUGACCUGGGCAAAUUGGUCGUGGCAUGCGAGAGAGCGAAAGACCGACUUGGAAGAGCAGUGAGUGUGGGCUCACGAGCCCACAUGGUCGGAACGGAGGCGGUGGUCCAGGUAAGCUACUUUCUGGAAUCUUGAUAACGUCAGCUGAUCAAGAGUACAGCGAUCCGCCCUCCGCAACCUGCUGAUGCGAGCCUUCCACCUUGGCAUAUGGCUCCUGACAACUCCACGCACAUCCAGAAUUAAGGACACCCAGUGCGGCUUUAAGCUCUUUUCCCGGCAAUCACUGCCUUACAUUGUCCCUUACAUGCAUUCGGAAGGAUGGAUAUUUGAUGUCGAAAUGCUGAUGCUGGCUGAGAGUGCCGAUAUACCGAUGGUAGAAGUGCCGAUAGGGUGGAAGGAAGUUGUGGGCAGCAAGUUGAAUGUCGUCAAAGAUAGCAUAGGGAUGGCGGUGGGACUGGCAGUCCUGAGAGUGGCUUGGGGAGCUGGGAUCUAUCGUCGGUAG